AUGUAUGUGAGUUACCUUUUGGAUAAAGAAACCAGCAUGUAUCCAGGACCUGCAAGGUGCAGCAACAACAACCUGCCAGUGCAAAACUUCGCAUCUGCUCCCCCCUACUCAGACUACAUGGGAUAUCACCAUGUGCCAGCCCUGGACAACCACGGACAGCCUGCGGGAACCUGGGGAUCCCACUAUGGCCCACAGAGGGAGGACUGGAACGCUUAUGGCCCAGGACCUUCCAGCACGGUGGCUGCUGCACAGAUCAAUGGCUCACCUCCUGGGCAGGUCUCCUACAGUUCUGCUGAUUACAGCUCCCUCCAUCCUGCUGGAUCCGGGGGGUUACCUCCUGUAGAUACAAUUAAUGCACAGCAAAUCUCUCCCAACAGCCAAAGGCACAGCUCUUAUGAAUGGAUGAGGAAAACAGUACAAUCCACUUCUACAGGUAAAACAAGAACAAGAGAGAAGUACCGAGUGGUUUACACUGAUCAUCAGAGAUUAGAAUUAGAGAAGGAAUUUCAUUACAACAGAUAUAUUACAAUCAGGAGGAAGUCUGAACUUGCUGCAAACCUAAGACUUUCCGAGAGACAGGUGAAAAUCUGGUUCCAGAAUCGCAGAGCCAAAGAAAGAAAAUUAAUGAAGAAGAAAAUGACUCAUUUUGAUGGCAGCAAUCUUGGCUCUAUGCAGAGUGACUCUGGCUCAGUGAGCCCAAUGCCAGCUCCUGACCAACAGACUCGUUCAGAAAUGUCCAGUUCUUUAUUUCCACCUCCACCUCCUCCACCUCCGCUUCCAAUGAGUGGCUUGCAGCACAGCGGGAACCUGCAGCAGGUAGUGGCCUCUCAGUAA